AUGGAUUUUACGGACGAUCUGAACACUGUUUUUAUUUGGAUGGACGAUCUUGAAGAGGUUGGUUUCAAGAAUAGUUUUUUUUUAAAUGAAAACAAUUUUGAAUGCACGUCCCACGGAUUGCCACGUAGUUAACAUUUUUAUUGAAAAUAUUUUUUUCCAACGAAAAAAUUAGAUGUCUACGUGAAAAUUACUGCGUUUCGCUCACUCUCACCGAUUGGCAAUUUAACCGGGCUGACUUGUUGUAUUAAUUAAAAUCAUUUUUAUAAUUUCUAAGUUCCAGAUUAUUUUUAUUUGCAGGUCCCCGAAGUGCAACACAUAUUUGAAUAUUUUAUGAUCAAAGUUUGGGAUUUCUCAAAAACUGCCCAAAAAUACGCCACUGAUUAUCAUAAAUACUUCUAUGGACUUCAAACUCGAAUUGAGCGAGGAAAAAGCAUUGAGGUAAACUUUUGUCUUUCAAAAAUCGCAGAACUUCUUCUUCCUAUGCUUGUCUGCAAAGCCGAAAUAGCCCUUCCUAAAAGUUACUGGUCCGCUCCUGACCAAUAUUAGCCAUGGUCCGAUUAAUUGACCAACAGGCCUUUUACGGAAGGAGGCGUUUGCAGAGGGUUGGGGAUUGGAUCUCUAAUUCUCUCAUUUUAUCUUAUAUUCAAAUAACUUCGUUCUGAGUCAAAACUUCUAACUUCUAACUUCUCAUCUAAUUCAAAUAUUCAUCAUUAAACUUUCUCCCCCCCAUAUUUCAGUUUUUUUUAAUCUUUACUCCUUUCCCCCUCUUUAUUUUACCUCUAAUGCAUCCUUAUUCACUAUCAUGUUAAACCACAUUUAUUAUUCACAUAGUCACAUCCUCUCAAAUGGCCCAACUUGUCUUUUUUAUAGGACCUACGGGCCUUUUUGUUUUAUUGCAGUCAUCUCGAUUAUCAUUUCACUACUAUCUCUUCUUUUUAAAUUCUUUUGUCUUUCACAAUGUAUAUCGGUGUGGUUCAAUAAAUAUAUAUAUAUAUUUUUUAAAUUUUUCCUUAUAGAAACGCAGCAAUCAUUUUCAACACAAAAAUGAGGAAUUCAACAAGAAGUUUCAAACAAUGAUGGAGCAAAACAGUGACAUGGUCGAUUUGUUGGAUGCCAAAUUAUCGGACGAUGAUUUUCCAGAGAAUGUCAAAGAUGUUAUUCCAGAAAUCAUCGAUUUUCUCACCGGAGAUUUAUUUAGCAUCAGAUUUGCCAAAAUCACUAAUUCCUUGUUGGAGGACAUGGAACAAAUCAAAACGGUAAUUUUUUCAAAAAAAAGUUUUCAAGGGAAAAAAACAUAUUUGUUUUGCAGGAUAUUGGUUUCCGUAACAUCUUCUGUUUGAGAUAUAUUGAUUCGUAUGAUGUCGUUAUUAAUUAUACAGAUUAUCUUCGCGAGAUCACACCACCAAUGUGUCCAACAUGUGGAUACAGACAUAAUUCCAAUGAUCAUUUUCCAUAG